AUGGGCCAUCGAUUCCAGCCUCCGAGGAGGAGAAAUCCCCUCCCAGGACAUGUCGUCGUCGUCGUCUUCAUCCAGCUCCCCGCCAAGGAAGAGCUGGAGAUCUUCACCGUCGACUCAAAUCCAAUGCUUCGCAAUGGAGAGACCGGAGAUUGGAUUGGGACAUUUCAAGGCCACAAAGGUGCUGUUUGGAGCGCUUGUCUUGACACCAAUGCUCUGCGUGCUGCCUCUGGUUCCGCUGACUUUUCAGCAAAAAUAUGGGAUGCGCUGACAGGCGAUGUGCUCCACUCCUUCGAACACAAGCACAUUGUCUGUGCAUGUGCUUUUUCUGAGGAUACCCACAUGUUGCUUACUGGAGGUUUUGAGAAGAUUUUGCGCAUAUAUGAUUUGAACCGUCUGGAUGCAGCUCCAAGUGAAAUUGAGAAAUCACCUGGUUCUGUCAGAACUGUCACUUGGCUUCAUAGUGACCAAACUAUACUAAGUUCCUGCACGGAUAUGGGUGGUGUGCGGUUGGGCUUCUUGGAGAUACUUUUUGAACUGUUCUCCAGUGCACUCCAUAGCCACUCCCUGUGCGAACAUUCCCAGCGGAGCUUCUGGCCAAAAAGAUUUUACAAAUGCAAGGGCAUGGCUGACGCAUGCGGCCGGGGCGUCCGUGAGGAACUUGACGACUCUUUCCGCCACCCCACGAAGUCGCUCCAGCAGGGGCCGCUUGUCUGCUUCGCCUUCUUCCGCUAG